AUGGCACGGGGCAACCAGAGAGAGCUGGCAAGACAGAGGAACCUGAAGAAACAGCAGGAGCAGGCAAAGGGGCACAAGAAAGAAGGCGACCCGAAGAAGAGAAUGGAACGCGACGCGGAGAUCCUCCGUGCAAAGCAAAAGGCGGCCGAGGAGCGCAGACAGGCCGAGGCCGCGAAAAAAUAG